CAUCAAUUCUUUUUCUUUCUUUCCCUUCUUCAUCAAUUCCCUCUCGUCUCUUCUAUUUUAUAUGUCAUUUCAUCACCAAAUUCAAGAAAUAAUUAUAUGGUGGGUUUGAGUGUAGUGUUAGAAUCUCACAAAGGUAGUGGUGUUAUUAACAAAACCACUAUGAUGAUGCUAAGUAACACAACCAAUUUUCCUCCUCCUUCUUCUUCAUUGAAUAAUAAUAUUAAUAAUUAUUCUCAUAAUAACACUAUUUUUCUGAAUCCAACUUUUCUAGAGCUAUGCUUUCUUUGCAGGAAGAAGCUAUUGCCUGGUAAAGACAUUUACAUGUACAAGGGGGACAAGGCUUUCUGCAGUGAGGAGUGUAGGUCUAAGCAAAUUUUCAUGGAUGAGGAAGAAGCUAUUCAGAGAGAGAACUGUUCCAUGGCUGCUAUGAAAAUCAAACCUACUUCUUCAUCUUCUUCUUCUUCUUCUUCAGAGGCUCAUAAUAAAAAAGGAGCAAGAAAAAGAGGUGGUGGUUUUGUUUAUUGAUGAUAGUCAAAGAUAGAAGAACUAAUAGCCUAGAUUUGGAGACAGUAACUACUAUGACCAAAAAUGGAGACUUUCUUUUUUAUAAUUUUCUUCUUUUUUUUUUUUGUGAAAAUGUUUGAAUUUGGCCCUGGAAUGAA